CUUUGCACAAAUAAAAGUAGGGCACACAGGCAAGUCUAGAAUACCGAUGCUUUCAAGCCUACCAUAUAAAAGAAAGCAUUAUCAAAAAUAAAAUGCCUCUCAAAACACUAGCUGUGCCCAAAAAAUUAAGUAUUCCAACCCACAACUAGACAAAAAUCAUAGUAGUAUCCAAAGAAUUUCAAACUCUAGAAUUGAAUCUCAUCUUAACAAAUUUUUAACAUUUUGAUGCCUUGAUUCUGGAUAUCCGAAUAUGCGCUCGAACAAGCACCCAACCAGGAUGAUCUCCAGGAGCCACAGCACCCUUCUCCAGUUUUUGCCUUGAUCUACUACCUGCAAAUGAAUCCCCCUAAAGUGAUCUUGGAGACCAAAUACACCCAAGUAACCACAGUGACUUGAGUUCUCUGCAUAGCUUUUUCAUCGAUCAAAAUUAACACACAUGGUCAAGUUGGUGUGAAGAAGUUGAAAAUGAGCUAAAAGCAUCCCCUCCUUUUUUCUCAUCAUCUAAGCUGUGAAUUUGCAAAGUUUUCAAACCAUCGAUAUCUCAAAAUGUAAAUUACCAGCUCUUUCGACAAGAUGUUCUUUUCAUGAUUUUGAAACCAUGAUAUUCCAGUUUUUCUGCUUCUGCAUCUCAAGCUGACUGAAAUAUAUUGCUUUAAAAUGUUAUGCAUUAGUAUUUUGAUGCUUUUUUUCUUAUGCAUAUAAGCUUCAAAUAUAUACCAGCCAAGAUUCUACCAAGCAAGCUCAACAGGUAGAAUCCUGCUUCUUCCAGCAAAGCCACCAAUGCUCAAAACCCACAAACCAAAAUUUUAAUUUAUACCAAACAAGGAUACAGCUACAGCUCCACAAGAAAUAUGGAAGAAGAGGCCCAAAGGGUGGUGAUGAUCCUGGAUGCAUCCAGAGAGGUGUGUUCGAGCGCAUUGAGAUGGGUCCUCCCCGGCUUAUCCCUCAAAGCUGGGGAUGAGCUGACUCUCCUCGGGGUUCUUCAUCAGGUUAAUACUCCUAGUACGUUUCCUUUCAUGCGAGCUGGGAAACGAUUGGGAUACAAGAGCAGAGUGGACUCGAAUUCAAUGCUUGCAGCAAAUCAGAACAUAAUACAAGAAGAAGUAGCAAAGAAGAGGGAAGAAUAUAACAAAAACACGGAGCUCCAGCAGAUACGGGGAUUGUAUGAAACACAUCAGAUUAGGUUUAGAGUUUUAGUGGAGCCUGGAUCUUCUCCGAAAACUGUCGCAUUGCAUCACGCCAAGGAACUACAAGCCACAUGGAUAAUUCUGGACAGGCAGAUGAAGAAAGAUAGGAAAUUCUUCAUGGACAAACUUUCAUGUGGAAUCUCAAGGGUGAAGAGUAACAAUAAUGUUGAACAGUUGAGGGCACCAAAAGCACCAGAAAACACAUCGCAGUCAGAAGAGAAUUCAGUGAAGUAUGGCGAAAUGAUUCCUGGAAGUGAUGAUGACGAUGACUUUAUCACUAUGGAUCUUUCUCGAUUAGAGAGCAGUUACAGGAAUAACUAUGGUAGUAUUUCUUACCAGGAAGAACCUCAAUUCGAAAGUGACAAAGAGCCCCCAUGGCCUCUAUUUAAAGAAUGCCCUUCCCUAUGUACACCCACAAGCAGUGAACCAUUUUCUUCUUCAACCAAUAGUGCGUCAAUCCCUAGUCCAACAAGGGUGAUCGCAGAGCUCAUCCAACAUUCACAUGUUUCGCAUUCUGAAGAACUAUUGAAAUGUUAUCCUACUACUAAUGCAGCAGAGAAAGUCUAUAUAGAUUCCCAAAGAACAGAUGAGCAAGGCCAAGUACUUGAUGCCAUCACAAAAACACAAGAGCCAACGAUUCACAAGCAAGAAACAAAAAGCCCCAAUUCAAGGGAAAUGCAAAGUGAUUUCCAUCGGGCUGACCUGCUGAUGCCUGAACUUCAAGAUACAUACUCUGAAGAGAGCCUUGAGUAUAAUAAAUGUGAGAAAUGUGACACUAUGAGACCUAGGAUGAGAAAUAGAGAGUUCAAAUUCUCUGAGCUACAAGUCGCCACAAACCAGUUUUCCAGAGAUAAUUAUAUAUCUGAGGGGGGCUUUGGUGAUGUUUAUCAAGGUUAUCUAGAUGGGCAGCUGAUUGCCGUUAAGCGAUAUAAUCACGCAAGUUCACAGGGGGAUAAGGAGUUUGAUUCAGAGAUACAGGUCCUUAAAAGGGCACGACACAGGAAUGUUGUAAUGCUGCUAGGUUCAUGCUCCGAGGGGAGUCACAGAUUGCUGGUUUAUGAGUUUGUUUGCCAUGGUUCACUGGACCAGCACCUCUCAAGAGACAACCCCACACCUUUAGAGUGGAAAGACAGGAUGAACAUUGCGUUGGGGGCUGCCAGGGGUUUGCAUUAUCUGCACGAGAACAACAUAGUUCACAGAGACAUGAGGCCGAGCAACAUCCUCAUAACUCAUGAUUACGAACCAAGGCUUGGGGAUUUUGGACUCGCAAAAGCUCAACAUGAUGAAUCAGAGUCCCUAUCUGACACAAGGAUUGUGGGGACAUUUGGAUACUUGGCACCAGAAUAUGUAGAAAGUGGGAAGGUUUCAACAAAGACAGAUGUUUAUUCCUUUGGUGUUGUUCUUCUAGAGCUCAUCACGGGCCGCAAGAAUAUAGAUAGAACUCGCCCUCCUGAGGAGAUGAGUCUUUUGGCAUGGGCCAGACCGCUAUUAAAGGAGAGGAAAUACGACCGCUUGAUUGAUGACACAAUUUUGGAUUCAUAUGAUCUCCACCAACUCUUCUGGAUGGUGACUGUAGCUGACCGUUGCCUUGCAAAGGAUCCAAAUAAGAGGCCAUUUAUGAAUGAGGUGGUGCACAUAUUGCAACGCAUAACAGGAGGAGAAUCAGUUAGUGAUAUAGAAGAUGAGUUUCCUGCCGGCUCUGAUUGUAGCACCCCAGAUUCCAUUGAAUCACAUGGUGAUGGUGAAAGGACAACAACGGGAAACAUUACUAUGCCUGAUUAUAUUGAAUCAAAUGGUAAUGUAUAAAGCGAUGAACAGGAUAUCAAGGCAGGCCCACUAAAUUAUAUAGAGAUGAUAAAACAAUUCGAACCAUAGAAGUAAGAACACAGUAGAAAACUUCCACCAAGUCACUAAGAGAUCCCAGAAGUGAGGUCACCUUUUCCUCAAGAAGAGAUCCCAGAGCUGUGUAGAAUUUUUUUCUCUUAGCCUUGAGCGCCAAUCCUUUCUCGAAGUUACAGAUCCAAUGUGCGAACUUCCCAUGCCUUACAUUGUUCCAUCACACAGGCUCGCCACCAUGGAGAAACCCCUGCCCCCCCAAAAAAAAAAGUCAUUUGGCUCCCCCUCCAUUAUGGAAGUGUGAGAAUACACAGCAUCCCAUACUAUGAGUGCAACAAAAUGCAUGGCAUACAGAGAGGCAGCACCAUUUAUCAGAGGUGUAGCACUGUAGUGUGGUUGGUUUAUCAUUUUCAUGACAGUUACCACUUUUCCGAAGUGGAAUACUUUAUUAUAUUAAUUUCAAAUGAAAAUAUCUCACAAAUACUAGUAACAUAAAAUGCAAAAUGAAGAGCAACCUGUAAUAGUAGCAUUUAUUGCUAGAUAACAGAAUGCAUUUGCUUUUUUUCUUUUUUUUUAUAUAAACCAGUGGUGCGGUACCACUGAGCACACAAAACCUUAGCAACAGCCUAUCAUCAUACACCCAUUCAAGAGUGAUACGCAUCCCAGUUCGGUCAACCACUAUUCCAUGGAAGUGUAUCUUCUAUAAUCCCACAGAAUCCUAAAACACUGCUGAAACGUCUGUAAAGAUACAAAAUAAGAAAACCUGCUUAUCCUUGCAACCUAAAAGAGGGGACUUCUUUAAUAUGACUAUGACUGGUUAAGAGUUAGGAACAGUUUUUCAGGAUAUCUCAUAAAUGUAAGUAUGGAUAUAUCUUUGAUGUGACCAUUAGCAUGUCCAAACAGGGCCCAAAUCCGUUAGAAUAAAAUGUUUGAGAAUAUAAAUAAUAAUUUAUGGCUUUGAUUCAGUAGGGUUGACAUACCAUUAAACAUUCGUUCCUAAGAUAAAGAUGUUUGGGCUCAGCAUGCUUAAAGUGCAUUGACAACAAAUAAUUACCCUGAUUCCCCACUUAGCAAAAAUUUAUCAUUAAUCACUUAGCAUUCAUGUAUUCUACAUCAUACUGGCGUAAAACUCCCUUUUCUCUAAGAGAGGAAGUACGAAAACUACUACAAUGGUGGCUUCUCUUCAGUAGCACUAUUUAUUUAUCCCCCACAAGUAGAGGAAUACUAUUAUGGUUAAGUAGAGCAAUGCAAAUACUACGAAGUAAAAAUGACAACACAACCAGACCAAGUCUCUGUCAUUUCUUAUCUACAUUACACUGUAUUAUUCACUAUCAUUUUCUUUAUAAAUAAUGAUUUCACUCCUUUAUCAAUGAUAAUUUUACUAAAAAAUAUCACUGAUGUAAGAAAGAAGAACACAGUGAACUGUAUUGACGGAAACUCGAAAAAAUACUAGAUUCUGAUUGAAUGAAAACUACCCAUAGUUCAAGAUUAUUUAACAUCCAAUUUGAAGCUCUACAAUAACCAUAGCAGCAAUUGCAAUAUUUAACAGGGAGAUUCCCCAAAAAACAAUCCAUAAAAACAAGGACCGGAUCAUUUUAGAAGAAAAAUGUAACAGCGAAUACUUGCAGGAACCAAGAAAACACUGUUUAAAUAUUCAUAGCAUCCAAAAUCACCUUCCAAUAUCAGCAAACAAACAAGAGAACUAUAUAUAGGACACGUAACAGAGGAAAGACUAGUUGAAUGUAUCGACAUAUUCCCAAGGUCCAAGAUUAUGCAUGGACUUCCUUUCUCGGUGAUCAGAAAUCCAAGGUUAAGUCCCAAGUUCCAGUGAAUUAUGGGAUCCACAUCCACUGUAAUGAACCAAAGGUCAAAAAACUUUCUUGUGGGGAAUCCCAGAUUCAGAGACUAUACAGGUUCCAGUGAAUUAUGGG